AUGGAAGAAACACAGAACAUAGAGACUUUGAACUUUACAAUAGACCCAAACGAGCCAGUUACACAGAUAGAAAGCUUUUGUCCAAAUUGUGAAGGGCAGGGUAUUACUCGUUUACUUCUUUGCAGUAUUCCAUUUUUCAAAGAUAUAGUAGUGUCCUCUUUCACUUGUGAAACCUGUGGCUAUCGUAACAACGACGUCCAAAAUGCUUCCACAUUAGCUGAAAAAGGCUGCAGAAUUUUCUUAUCCCCUUUAUGAUCUAGCAUAAUAUUUAAUUAUUUUAUAGCAAAAAUGUCUAUUAUUUUAAAAAUGUUUUACUAGGGAGCUAGCAGUCUCCAACAAACAAACGUUAAAUCGUGAAGUCGUAAAAUCAGAGUACGCAACCAUAACAAUCCCUGAAAUCCAACUCGAAAUCCCAGCAUCCACACAAAAAGGUAGCUUAAACACAAUUGAAGGAAUUUUGAAAAAAUCCAGAGAUGAUUUAUCAGCUCUUCAAGAAGAAAGAAGGCAAGUUGACCCUGAAUUAGCCACAAAACUUGACGCUUUCUUAGAAAAUCUAAAUAAUCUUAUUCAUGGAAGAAUUCCUUUUACGCUCAUCUUAGACGACCCUUCAGGAAACAGCUUUAUAUCAUUUGAUGCAUCAAGAUACAAUAUUGCUGAAAAUGAUCCUGCUUUAAGAAUUGAGUAUUAUAUUUAUUACUUAUAAAGAAGUCUCCUGAGACCUGUAUCCCACUGAUCGCUUUCAUUAAUAUCAGUCCGUGAGGCCUUGUAUUGAUCCUUCAAAAAACCUGCAGAAGUUAGAGAUCCUAGCCCACAAGGACAUAACGCUUGGCAUUGCUUUAGGGAGAUGCCCGAUUAGCUUAAUGAAUGGCUGAGCCUCCCCUUAUGGAGAAACCAAUCUUGAACAAAGAAGAGAUAACUGCUAGCAGUACAUGCCGAUUUGCCACGUCGUUUUAAUAUAUAUGCUCCCUAAGAAAUGAGCACUACACAAGAACCAAAGAACAAAUGGUCUCAAUGGGAUACAUGGCAGACGAUGUUGACGUUUUAACUGACAAACUAGACAACACAAACCUAGAAGACAAAAUUUCAGCACAAAACCAUGACUUCGCCAAACCUCUUGACGAAAGCAAAAUUACUGAAGAGCCUGUAGAAAUGCCAACAGAAUGCUAUGCUUGCCAUCAGCCUGGUACCGUAAAAAUGUGUGUCACAAAUAUCCCACAUUUUAAAGAAACUGUUGUGAUGGCUUUUCAAUGCGAUUAUUGUGGGGCAAAAUCCAAUGAAGUUAAAGGCGGAGGAGAAAUUUCACCUUUAGCAAGAAGAAUUGAGCUGAGAGUGCAGUCUGUAGAGGACAUGAAAAGAGAUAUGCAUUUAUAUAGAUUUUAAUAUAUAUUGUAUAACAAUUAAUGCUUUAAUGAUACUUUUAGAAUUUAAUUAUUAUAAUUGGUGGGUAUUUUAUAUUAUCAGACUUAUUAUAAAUAUUUUAGUAUAUUUGAAAAAGAUUUUUUUAUUUUUAAUAAUUCAGUACAAAAUAAUAUAUUAUUAAGUCAGAGACAUGCAGCUUAGACAUCCCUGAACUUGGCUUAACCUUACAACCAGGAACUCUAGGUGGAUUAAUUACUACUUUAGAAGGAGCUCUUGUAAAAAUCCACCACGAAUUAUGCAGAAAUGUAGGCUUUGGAAUGGGAGAUAGCGACACACCUGAAGACUCUAAUAAGAUGGCAGUGUUUUUGAAUAAACUAAAGAACUGCAAGCACGUAAAUGAGCCAUUUACUUUUAUUUUAGAUGACCCAUUAGCUAAUAGCUUUAUAUCAAGUCCUAUAGAGAAUGACCCACAAAUAAUAAUUACAGAUUAUCCGAGGACUGAAGAACAAAAUGAAGAACUUGGCCUAGCAGAUAUGGUACUAGAUAAUUAUUCAUAA